AUGGGAGCAAGAUCAUCUACAGCAUCUUACCCUCAAGCGUCUGGGUCUAUUGAGUCUGCUCAUCCCACAAAAAACUUUUUUUAUUCGGAAGAAUACCAAAUAAAGUUUGGUAAUAGUUCAAUGUUAGACGGGAAAUUUUUUAAAGUCUUGCAUUGGGAUGGAAAAGAUCAUGUGGAUGCUUCAUGUCAGUUAUGUUUACCGAAGCAAAAAAUCAUUAAAGGAUCUGUAGAAAUAACGACUAAUUUCAUCAAACACUUAAAGCGAUUACACCCUAGUGAACAUAAAGAAUAUAUCAAAUACAAAACGGAGAAACAAAAGAAUAAACACACAUCAGAAAUAUCUCACACUACCGCUAGUAAAAAAAUGCGCCAAGUCACAUUAACAGUCAAGCAGAAUUUAAUAGAAGAGUUGUCUAUUUUGUGA